AUGACUCGUGGCGGAACGGGAGGUGCGGUCAGCUUGGAGCGCGCACCGGUGGGGGCGGUGAUUCUUCUAAACGCAGUAAAGGCCGCGGGGCUGCGCGCUCGCGCGAGCGCGUGCGUGUUUGACGCGGAGAAGCGGACAUUCGAGCUGGUGGCGGGGCUGAGUACAAUAAUUGCGCUCAACGCGACGGACGCGUGGGCGCCUCCCAUUGGUCGGAAGGUGCUGACGAACGACUGCCAGUUCUUGAUCGACGCCACGUGUCAAGAUGUCACGCCCACUGGCGGAUGCGACGACCACAACGAAUGCACGACUGACACGUGUGUGCCUGCCGACCCAGCCACGUGUUUGCCUUAUCCGGACUGCCUACUAGCGGGCCCGUCCUGUUCCUAUACCGCGUCCCCCGACAGUGUCUCGAACCCAGAUUGCAUCGCGCCGCCGACUCCCCCGUCCGCGCCGAAAGGGUCAGUUUCGUCCGCUUCCGCCAAUGUAUCCGCGGGUGAUGGCGGAAGCGGGAACGACGGGGAAGACGGGGGAAGCGGAGAACGGGAGGGAAAAGACGGGGAAACGGGGGAGAAGGCGGGCAGUGCGGAUUCGGAUGCGGAGGGAAAAGGGAAGGCGGAGAGCGCGGAAGGGGAGCAAAGCGGCGCGGACGACACGGCUGGUUCGGAUUCCGGCGACGCGUAUAGCGAGGAUGAUACUGGGGAUAGUAACGAGGACGGGUCAGAAGGCACUGUCGAGAUCGUGGGAACCAUGCCGCCGCCUCGCAGCGCGUGCAUCUUCAUCCCCCAUAAGAACCGCUUCAUGAUCCGCUUAAAGAACCGCUUCCGCGUCCGCCUCUCCGCAAGCGACGCGUGGGCGCCGCGGCCCGGGCAGGUCGCCAUGACCGGCAACUGCCGGUUUAUCAUCGACUCGGCGUGCGGAGUGGUGGGGAGGCCGGGGGGGUGCGACGACGGGGACGAAUGCACGGAGGAUUAUUGCUUGUGGCAGGGCGGGAAUAACACUAUCGGGAGUUGCACGCCCUUCCCGUCGUGCUUCUAUGAGAGCGCGCGGUGCGAGAGGCGGGUGAAGGAGGAGUGCGUGGGGGGAGCAGGGGGAGGAGAAGCAGGGGGAGGGGGAGGGGGAGAGGUGGGGGACGGGGGGUUUGCGGCGGGUGGCGGAAAGGGGAUUCGGACGGUGACUAGUGCCGGUGCUGCCGUGACUGGCGAAGCUGACGGUGCUGACGGUGCUGACGGUGCUGACGGUGGCGAUGACGGCGGCGAUGGUGGUGACGGCGGGGGUGACACGAAGGGGGGUGUGACUAAAACAAAUGACAACAGCACAACCACUGACGGGGCGAAGAGCAGCAGUGAUGGCAGCAGCAAUGGCGACGGCGAUGGCAGCGGCGAUGGCGGCGGUAUGAGCACAGAGGAUAUCGAGGCGUUGGAGGAGGAAGCUUUAGCGCAACGGCAGGCGCACGGGCAAGGGAAGCGGCAGCAACCCUCAGCAGACCAGGACGAAUCACCAGGCUCGGGAGAAUCAGGCUCGGAGGACCCGGACCUCCUCGCCCCGCGCCUGCGCGCCCCCCUCCCCCGCCCCGCGUGCCUGUUCCGCCCGAAGCAGGGGCUGUUCGUCCGCGUGGAAGGCUGGCCGUUCUCCGCGCGCCUGUCCCGCGCGGACGCGUGGGCCCCGCCCCCCGCCGCAACGACUCUCUCCGGAGACUGCCGCUUCGAGCUCGACUCGUUCUGCUCGGUCGUGUCGCGCGUCACGCGCGGGUGCGACGACGGCGACGCGUGCACGCUCGACACGUGCGCGUGGGCGGGGCGCGCGAACCGCGUCGGCAGCUGCGAGCCGUUCCCCUCGUGCUUCUACUCGUCCGCGUUCUGCGUGCACACGGACCUGUGCGGAAGGCCGGGGGGGAACGGCACGCGCGUGAGGGGAGGGGCGGUGAAAACAAUGGCGGGUGGUGGAGGCGUGGGGGGGGGUUCGGAUGGGGGGAGUGGUGGUGGUGCUGCUGAUGGCGCUGACGCCGAUACUGACAGUGAUGGUGACGGUACUGAUGCUGACGGUGACGCUGAUACCAAUGCUGAUGCUGAUGCGGAUGGUGAUGGUGAUGGGGGUGCUGACGAGGUGAACGACCCUUACUCCGACCCUUCGGAUCAGGAAUGGCCGAACUUCCAGAUCUACCCUCCCGCCAAAACCGGCUCGGCGGUGGAAGCUUCACAGAACCUUCCCCCGGGCGCAGGAGGAGGAAUCUCCAACGCAACCACCACGCAAGACGUGCUGCGCACGCUUUCCCAGCCUAUCCCCUUUACAGAUACCUCCGUUUCGGGCUCUUUCAACGUGUAUCAUUUCGGCGCCCUGGGCGACGGGCAGAACGACGAUGGCGAGGCUAUUGAGGCAGCUUUUAACGAAGCAUGCAAGUGGGCGCGACAGAACAACGUCAAAGCCACUGUCGCCAUUCCCGCUGGCGCUGAUUUCCUCACCACCCCCAUGGUGUUUUCGGGGCCCUGCGGGCCAGGUGUCAUCUUCUUAUUGGACGGGAGAAUUCUGGCUCCAAACAUGCCCGUUUCUUCCUACCAAUCGGCUUACAGCGUGGUGGCACAUCUAUAUUUCGACCAUGUGACCGGGCUGACCGUGACGUCGUCCGGGCAGGGCAGGCAGGCGGGGAGUUUUGACGGGCAGGGGCUGGAGACGUGGCGGGAACAUUUGUCGCUCGGGCAGCCCGACUCAUACGCCCGACCAAAAGGGUUUUUGUUCCAAAAGUGUGAUAAUCUCGUUAUAGAGCAAAUCACUGUACGGAACCCGCCUGAAAUGCACAUCAGCAUACAGGAGUGCAACAAUGUGAUUGUACAGGGGGUGACUGCAAUGAGUCCGUACAACAGCCCUGGCACGGACGGGCUGCAUCUGGCUGCGGCGACGAAUGUGAUUAUAAGGAACUGCAGGAUGCACACGGGCGGCAACGGCAUCGCUAUAGUGGAUAAGAGCGCCAACAUCAGCAUCAGCCAUGUGUUCAGCUCUGCUGGCCGUGGCAUAAGGUUUCUUGACCUCUCUCACCCUCCCAUCACUGCACUCUCUCCUUCCUUCCUUCACAACCACUCCCCCCCUCCAUUCCCUACCACUUCUCAUCCUCCGCACUUAGUACCCCACCGCCCCUCACCUUCUCCUCCCCGGAGCCUGCUCAAGGCCCGGGCGGCGGAGACUCAGCUACAGCCGGAGAGGCAGCUACAGCCAGUAAUGGAGAAUGUACUGGUGACGCCUGGGAGUAGCAUAAAGUCUCCCUUGGGAAUUCCGGAGCUGAGAAAGGAGGUUACGGCGGAGGAGGAGGGGAGGAUACGCGCGAUGAUGAGUGUGUGUGAGUACCCCUUCCGUGUGGUUGAUUUGAAUGCUAUCCUGGCUCCUUUUCGCCAGGCUGGCGCGAAGAUCCAAUCGCAAGGUGACGCGUCAGAUGGAGGUGAGGGAGAGAGAGGGGUUGGGGAGGAGGGAGGGGAGGAGGGGUCUGGGCUGACUGCGGUGGAGAGUGGUGAGGGUGGUGAUAGUGGUGGGAUGGGUGGGAGUGAGAACGGGGAGAUUGAUACUGGGAGGGCAGGGGAGGAGGAUGAUGUGCCGCCAUUGCAAGCUGAAGAGGCGAGAGGGGGUGACACGGGAGGAGGAGAGGGGAGAGAGAGUGGAGAGAGCAAAGGGGGAGAGAGUGGAGAGAGCAAAGGGGAAGAGAGUGGGGAGGGUGGGGAGAGUGAAGGAGGAAAGGGAGGAGAAAGUGGAGGAGGAGAUGGUGGGGAUGACGGGGGAGGGAGUGGAGACAAUGGAGGUGAGAGCAGUGAGGGGAAGGAGGGUGACAGCAAGGAGGGUGCAGCAUCGAGCAAGCAGGAGGAGGAGAAGAAGAGGAGGGAGGAGACACUGAAGAGAGUGAGGGAGACGAAGAGUAAGAGGGAGGCACUGCGGCAAAAGUGGGUAGAGGCGAGGAGGAAACGAGGGGGAGGGGUGGCCAAGCCGACCCAGGUGGAUGGAGAUGGGGCUAAGGUAGCGGAAGGAAGCGGAGGAGGGAGUGAGGGAGGAGGGGAGCAAGGGGGCCAGGGCAGCAGUGGAGGCGAGUCAAGCGGCUCUAACACCCCCAGUGGGGGUGGUGAUGAUGGUGGUUCAUCACAGGAGCACAGUGGGGCAGGUGGGUCGACUGACGGAGGAAAGGAAGAUGGCAGCACUAGUGCUGGUGGUGAUGGUGCUGAUGGUGGUGAUGAAUCUGGAUCAGGAGAAGGAGAGCAAGGCGGGGACAGCAGUGCGGAUGGUGAAGGGGGGGAAGGGGCGGAGGGAGGAGGGGAGAAUGGAGGAAACGAGGGUGCAGGGGACCAAGGGAGUGAUGGCAGUUCCGAAAAUAGCAAUGGUGAUGGUGGUAGUGGCGGUGAUAGUGCUGGUGAUGGUGCUGGUGAUGGUGGUGGUGAUAGUGCAGAUGAUAGUAACGGUGAUAGUAACAGUGAUAGUAACGGUGAUAGUGCAGGUGAUAGUAACGGUGAUAGUGCAGCGGACUACACCGCGGACGACACCAGUGACGACACCAGCAGUGGAGGUGAUUAUAACGCGGAUGGAGGAGCAGGUGGGGGAGAGGGAGGAGGGGGUUCUGAUGGGUCGGGAAUAGAUCCGUACGACCCUCUAGGAGGCUCAUCAGGGUCUGGUGGGAAUGGUGGGAACGGUGGGAGUGGAGGCAAUAGUGGUUAUGGUGGUGGUGGUGGCAGUGGUGGCAGCAGCAGCGGGCAAGGGAGCAGCAACGGCGGCAGCAACGGGAAUGUAAGGGAUGGAAUAUCCUUGGGGAGUCGCACCAGCAGGAGUGGCAGCGGCAGCACUGGCAGCAGUGGGGGGAAUAGGAGUCCCGAGGAGGUUGUGGGGGCCACUGGAGGUGGCACUGGUGGUGGUGGCACAGGCGGGGGCAGCCGCAGUGCCAGCGCCAGUGGGACUGGUGGGUACAGCAGUGGGGGAAGCAACGGGUAUUAUGGGAGUGGGGGCGGCAGCUGGAGAGGCAGAGGCAUGCCAAAUGACCCGUGGCGAGGUGCUGGGGGAGGGAACACGCUGGGUGGUGGAGGGAGUAGUGGGAGUAAGGGGAGCAGCGCGGGGAAGAGUGCGAGCGGGGUGCAAAAGGCUGGGAAGAGCAGCGGGAGUGGCACUAGUGACAGCAGCAGCGACAGCAGCAGCAGCAGUAGUGGUGACGAGGAGGGAAGCAAUGGGGGCGAGAGCAGUGGAGGCGAGAGCAGUGGAGGCACCUCUGGGAUGAAAGGGAGGGAUCAGCACGGGGGGGUAGGAUCGAACAAGGUCGGCCCGAUGCCAGAUGAUAAAUCAUCUGGGGGGAGGCACAAGAGCCCCAGCUCUGCUCCCAGCAGCAGUGGUAAAUCUUCCAGCUCCUCCCCUCCUGCGCCUGAUGCGGAAUCUGAAGGAGCGGAAGGGGAUGGUGGGAGCGAAUCAGGUGGUGACACGUCGGAUGGUGGUGAUGCUGGUGGGGAGGGCGAGGGCAGCAGCAGCGGUGGGGACAGUGAUUCCUCAUCCAUCUCCUCUUCCAGUUCCUCCUCGGAUUCUGGAAAGGCGGAUUCAUCAGGUGAUGAGGCUGCUUCAGAGGGUGGUUAUUCUGAUGCAGCAGGGGGGACGGAGGGUGCUGGUUCGGGGGAGGCCGGGGGGGAGGGGACGGGUGGAAAGAAUGAGACUGUGGACGCGGGUGGGGAGAAGGGGGGCGAUGCAGGCGAGGAGGGCUCGGGAGAGGGGGAGAUUGAACAGGAGGGGGAAAAGGGGGGUGGUGAGGGAGGGAGUGCGGGAGGAGAGGAGGCAUCACAGGAUGGGCAAGGGGACAAGGGGACGGAUGGGACAGAAAAAAGCACGGCCGAGGAAGGAAAUGGUGAACAGGUGAAGGAAGAGCAGGCAAAGAACACCACGAGCAGUGGGGAGGUGAAGAGCGGAGGAGGAGCAGAUCCGCCCACCGGGAGCAGUGAGGAGAAGGUGCCAAGUGAUGGAGGGGCAUCCCCCACCGGGAGCAGUGAGACUGACUCUAGUGGGGAGGAUGGAGCGAACUCUGGUGGGGAGGGUGCAAAAAACACCACGAGCAGUGAGGAGGUGAGCAGUGGAGGAGGAGCGGACCCGCCCACGAGCAGUAGCAGUGAAGAGAAGGUGACUGGAGGGGCAUCCCCCACUGGAAGCAGUGAGGCUGACUCUAGUGGGGAGGAUGGAACGAAGUCUGGUGGGGAGGGUGCAACUGCGGGAGAGUCGCAAUCUGACAGCUCAGACACAGAAGCUCCUGGAGAGGAGAGCAGCAAUACGGAUGGUGAAGGAAGCAAUGCGGGUGCGCCCUCUGUUGGGGAUGGUGGGGAUGGAGACGGGGGAGGUGAGGGGAGCAGUGCGGCAGCACCAUCAGCACCAUCGGCAGAAGGAGUGGGAAGCGGUGACAGCACUGUCGGUGGAACGGAGGAAGGGGGAGGAGGGGAUGUGCAAGGUGAUGCAGUGAAGGGCACAGCACCAUCAGCAGAUGGGGAGGAGGGUGCUGGGGCGCCAGCAUCAGAUAAGAAGAAGCAAAGCUCCCAGUGGGUGUGGUGGCCAUUUGGGAACGGAAAAGGUGGGGUAAAGAGUGACGUGGAUGCGCUGCUGCCUCACGGCUGGGGUGGUGCAGCAGCGAGUGGAGGAGGGACGGGGAGUGGGAGGAGGGAGAGGCUGUACAGACCAGCAGUGCAGCCUAAUCCAGUUGUGACUGGGGGAGGAGGGACCGGCCAGGGAAGUGCAGUUGCUGCCUCAGCUGACCUGGCCUCAUCUGGUUCCUCCUCCUCCUCCCACUCUUCAGGUGGCGUGCGCAUAGUCACUCCUGGAGUCGAGCCGACAUACAGUGCGGGGGACAUGGUAUAA